GUUUGCUCACAUCAGACUCAUUUGUCCUUCGACAUGCGAUCCCUCGCCGCUCACGUGUCAAUGACAGCUCAAAGACAUGAGAGAGAAAGGUUACAUCGUAACGCGCUCUUCACGCGUUGGUGUGCAAAGGUAUCAAACCUACGACGUCGCGAAUGAUAGGUGGGAACCCGCAGGGUGGGAUACGGGCAGCUCUUCUGCUCCUCCACAGGGACACAUUCCUACCCUUGACUCCAGUGUGAACCCUGCGAUCGAUCCAGUGCCCCGCUCACGCAGACGCGUGACCAACCGCCUGCUUUCCAGCGAAGGAGCAGGCCCGUCGCUACGCCCCGGCCAGUCGUCUGGCGCUGGACCUAGUGGAGCGGUCAAUCUGCCGAGCGGUCGUCAAAGCCGUAGUUCCAGCUCCAGUGGCGACGGUAGUGGCGGAUGGCGGCCUGCUUAGCAGGCUUGCUGGCCCCAACGAGGUGGAUCCGAAUUGUGGGAAGACAGAUUGGCUGUAUCGUCAGAACGGAGUAUUGUAGCAUCGUGCGAUGGCAUUGGAUGCUGGAGGAAGAGGGGAGGAGAGGAGAGAGAAUUUGCACGCGA